AUGACGUCACUUAAGCAUGGAGUCAAUCUUAGCAGAAGGGCGUGCAGGCGAGCGCUCACGCUGCUUUCAGCAGCAGCCCUCCUGGCCAGCGCAUUCGCCAACCCAAUUGAAAGCACGACGAAACACACUCCGUCCAUAACAGUCGAUGGCAUGUCCACCUAUCCCGGGCUCGGGUUCGGCCCGAUGGGUCCGGUGGCACCGCUGCCCGGGGAUUCCCCGGGGACUCAACUUCAGCAGAAACAAGAGACCACGACGGAAACCCCGACCACAGUGAAACCUAAAAAGGAGAGGACCAUCGUCAUUGCGGCCGUAGAGUUCCAUCGCGUUGAGACACCCUUCCUGAUCGGACUUUGGAUAUUCUUCGCUAGUAUUGCUAAGAUAGGAUUCCACAUGGCGCCAAAAUUAUCGAAGAUGUUUCCGGAAUCCUGCCUCCUGAUUUUUGUCGGAGUUCUUAUCGGUGCUUUGCUUCUGAGCACUCAUAGCGUUCAUGUGCAGCCGUUAACUCCAGAUACAUUUUUCCUGUAUAUGUUGCCACCUAUAAUUUUGGAUGCUGGCUACUUCAUGCCUAACAGGCUAUUCUUUGAUCACCUCGGAACAAUACUAUUGUUUGCAGUCGUCGGGACCGUGUUCAAUACUUUAACCAUUGGUGCAUCUCUGUGGGCGUGUGGACAGACCGGUAUGUUUGGUUGCUCUACACCACUUCUGGAUAUGCUUCUGUUUGGGGCACUUAUUUCGGCGGUGGAUCCUGUUGCUGUGUUGGCGGUCUUCGAAGAAAUCCACGUGGACGAAGUACUGUAUAUUGUUGUUUUCGGCGAAUCACUGUUGAACGAUGCGGUAACCGUCGUCUUGUAUCACAUGUUCGAAGCCUAUACAGAAAUGGGUCCGUCGCGUUUGAUGUACACAGAUUUCCUAGCGGGAUUCGCUUCAUUCCUUGUAGUAGCCCUUGGAGGAACUUGCAUUGGCGUCGUGUGGGGUUUCGCGACUGGGCUGGUCACUCGUUUCACACAUGAAGUUAGAGUUAUCGAACCUAUUUUCAUCUUCGUCAUGGCGUAUUUGGCGUAUUUGAAUGCGGAAAUGUUCCACAUGAGCGGAAUAUUGGCGAUAACAUUCUGCGGUAUAACCAUGAAGAACUACGUAGAAGCGAAUAUCUCUCACAAAUCCCACACUACGAUUAAAUAUACCAUGAAAAUGCUCUCGUCCUCCUCUGAGACUAUCAUAUUUAUGUUUCUCGGCGUGGCAACGGUCAAUAACAAUCACGAUUGGAACACUUGGUUCGUGCUAUUGACCAUUGUAUUUUGCUCAGUCUUUCGCAUUAUAGGUGUAUACAUAUUUAGUGCUGUGGCCAAUAAAUUUCGGUUACACAAAUUAAAUACUGUUGAGAAGUUUGUGAUGUCUUAUGGAGGUCUCAGAGGAGCUGUCGCAUUUGCAUUAGUGCUUUUAAUAGAUCCCGAGGUUGUUAAGCUGCAACCGAUGUUUGUUACGACCACCAUAGCUGUGAUAUACUUCACAGUAUUUAUUCAAGGUAUCACAAUAAAGCCCUUAGUGAAGAUAUUAAACGUUAAAACAGCGGAGAAGAGGAAACCGACGAUGAAUGAAAGAAUUCAUGAAAGGUUUAUGGACCAUUUGAUGGCAGGGAUUGAAGAUAUUUUAGGAAAACAUGGAAACCAUCAUAUUAGGGAUAAAUUUAAGAGAUUCGACAACCGUUUUAUUCGACCUUUCUUGCUAAGAAAUUAUCAGGGUGCAGAGCCUAAAAUCUUGGAAACGUAUUCCAAAUUGGCAAUGAGAGACGCCAUAGAAUACAUGCAAAGAAAUGCAUCGACCAUUGGUAAUAUAUCCGGUGCUGAGUCAAUGUCAGCUAUAUUCAAAAAUUACACAAAUGCCAACUUUAAUGGAAGUCCAAGUUUUAGCCAGUUAGAUUCAUCCACAUGGAACAUUGACAUGCAAGAAUUGGAAUACAAUCCGUCCAAGAAAGAUUUAACAGAUGCUAGAAUUCAUCAUCUACUUGCUGAAGAGCUGUGCAAGCCUUACAGAAGACAUCGCCGUUUGAGCUACAGUAGACAUGCGGUAAAUGAUCGCGACUUGGGAACACAAGUCAAUUAUAAAACGCACAUGAAUAUUCGACGGCUGGUCGGUGACCGAAAACAUCAUCAUAAACGUAGUAAACGUGUAAAACAGGAUGGCAAAAAUCAUGUCAGUUUCCCAGAAUUCCAGCAAAAUGGUUCGGCCAAACAAUUCACGCACGACUACAUUAAUGAAGUGCUACAGGAGGACGAAGAGCCACGACGAGAAGAGAAUGACGGCGGUAUUACUUUCACUGCCAAAUCCCCACCUGGAUAUAAAGAAGUCAGUCCAACGUCCUCGCAUAAAGAGAACAGUAGCUCGCUUCUGAACCAGUUGGCAAACCUGCCUGGAUUCAACCCUCUGAAAGCGAGGAUCGUUAAGCAGUAUGCUAAAACGCCAGAGGAAAUACUGCCAACAGCUGUUGAGAAAUCGUUACCGUGGAGAAGGGACAGAUCCACGUAUAAUUUCGUACCGAAUGAGGAUAUCCUCGAGGAGGAUGAAAGAAGAUUGUCGGAUGAUAAUGAUACUUAUAUGACUGUGGCGGAGCAGGCUCGGGUGGCCACCCCUACGGCUACCGAGACUAUGUUACCAUGGAAACGGGAAGAGACUGAGGGAUCAGGUGCCCUCAAACAAUCCGAGUUCCCAUCAUGGGCGUCCAAUAAGGAGUAUCUAGCUUAUAGUUCUCCGUCGGCAACGUUUUUAGGUGGUAUAGAGAAGCCAAAACAUCCAAAAUCUAUCAUAGGUCUGUUCAGAAGAGAGAGCUCGAGCUCCACUCAGGGGGCACCGGAGCUGCUCUCAGGGUCUGAAACGGAGGGCAAUAAAACCGACGGGUGCAAAGGCGAGGGUUCUUCCGUCAAGGGAGACUCCGUAGCCUCCUCGAAGGCUGGUCCAAAUUUACUGUCGAAACGGAGUACAAGCCUGGGGGGCCCGUCGGUCCUACUCAUGGAAGACGUCGCUCACUCUGACCCACUCGGUGCCUCGACCAGACCAGCGAGUAUAAUGCAAGGCCCACACAGAGGCCAAUGUAGACGAGGCUCUAUGUUGGAGUUGACUGGGUCAUUGUCUCGAGAUGCAAUAACAGAAGAAAAAUGCAGCAAAUCACUGCCAGAGAGUGAAAGAAUGGGCGUUAGACGGCUGGCGUUGGGGCAACAAAGUCUACCGCGGGAGCCAUUCAUCCGGCAAAUGACCAUGACCCCCAACCUCCUAACCAGCUCGUCAUCAGACGACUCCUCCGAUGAGAACACC